CUAUCGUGUUUGUGUUUAUUGCAGGUGAUUAAUGAGUAACUCGGAGGAACUAAAGGAAGAGGGUGUGGAGGUCCUUAUACAGUAAUAAAGUGACGCUAGCCAGCAGUCUUAUGCUUCACUGUCAGAUCUGAACAUUUCAAGGAACAAAUCAUGCAGAUGACCACUUGACUGACCUGUUUGCUGACAUGAAGUCCAUCAGAAGCCCGUCUAUGCUGACCAUCUGUUUGUGUGCACUGAUUUCACUGUGUCCUCUGGGUUCAACAGCAUCUGUCAGUACCAGUCUGUGGGGUAAGAAGUUAAAGUUUUUGACCCAUCAGAAUUUGUGGCAGCUCCGACCAGGCGUUGUGGUGCCAGCCCUGAGGGAGCUGACUGUAUGCAUGCUUUUAUGCCGCAACCGUGAAACAGCCUGGACAGGUUUUGCCUACAAAGCUCCAGGAAAUAGUGACAUAGAGCUGGGACUUGCGGGUACAAAUACACAUCUGACAGUGUGGCUGUUUAGAAAAGAAUGGCGCUUUCAAAAGAAGCUGAAAGCAAAUGUAUGGUACUCUGUCUGUCUCACGUGGUCGAGCCGAACCCAGCUGCUGAAGGUCUACGUGAAUGAAACCUUUCUGGAUGAGGCACAUCUAAAUCCCGACCCACCCGGGCACCUGGCCCCAAGCGGCACUCUAAGUCUCGGGGCGUCUCAUUUUCUGCAAGUAAAUGGUGAAGUGAAGCCAGAGAGCGCCACUAACCUGGUUGGUGAGAUCGGUCUGUUCAGGAUGUGGGCCAGAGAGUGGAACGCUGAGGAGCUGAGGAGUCUGGGCUGUGCAGACGGAGAUGUGCUGAGCUGGGAUCUGAAGCAUUUCAAACAGGGCCGUCCUUCCCAGUCUGACAACAAUCUGCACUGUGCAUGGUCACACUACAAAAUCAAAAUGUGGACAGUGGUAACCGGCUCAAAUGUGUCUGGACAAUGCUCAGUCCCACUGGAGGAAAUCAUGAGAAACUGGUUGGAGAGCAUUUUACCUCAAAGCAUUUCUGUCCAGAGCAUCAAUGUGUCCUCUCCAAGCCAGGCCUGCCAUGUAGUUGAUAAUUCUGCUGCUCAACAUACGCAACAACCUCAGGAACUAGGAGCGUUAUCAGACUCUACCUGUGAGCAGUGUUUCAGCUGUGAAGUCUAUAUAAAAGUGGAUCCUGCUGCGAAUGUGGAAGUGAUUCAGGAAAACAUGAUGGAUUUACUGACUUCGCCCUUCUUUUGGAACUUCCUCAACCUGACAAUUGACUCUGAUACCAUCAGCAUACUUCCUGUGGCAAAAUUCUUUGCAGGGACAGAGCUUCCUCCAACUGUAGAAACUGCUUUAUCUAUACCAGGUCUAACUCAAAGUUUGCAAACGCGAUUGGCUAACAUCUCAACGACCGGAGAGCCUUUCGAAAUCAAUGACACUGCAGUCUCACCAGAUACGUUUGUUAGCGUACAUUUGACCUUAAAUGUGACUGGCAGCCUUAAAGACCCACAGGAUGUUGUUGAGGGAUGGGUGAACAAACAGCUCGAAGUAGCUGACAGAAGAGAUGUACUGAAUUUCUUCGUGAAAAAGAUUGUUGGCUGGAACCUGCACCAUUAUACUGGUUUGAUGACUUCCCGUGGCAAAGAAAAACAGUACAGAUGCCGCUUCCAUCUUCAGGCAUUCGAAAAUAAGAAUGUAGAUGACAUUAAACAGUUCAUUAAUGAUUCCUUGACGCCAGCAUACAAAAAUGGCUCCAUUACUAUUCAAACAACGAAAAUGGAAAUCACACACAUACAGCCACAAAACUGCUUACAAGAAACUCUGUCAACAAUCUAUGGAGAAUACAUGUGGCCUGAUGCAUUUCCACAGCAAACCCUGGACAUGCGAUGUGCCAAACCAUCCGAGGCAAAAGCCUACAGACUUUGUAAGUUAGACAUUGAAACUGAUGAUACCAGCUGGGCUCGUGCUGAUAUGAGUAACUGCAUCAAACUGAUGUCAAUACCAGACCUUGACAACAUCACUGUGACUACUGAUAACGCGGCUGAGGUGGUGGGCAUGAUUCAGGACCUUGUAGAUGUCCAGCUAGAGAGCAAUGACGAGCUCUCACCCUCCGAGCUGGACUCAGUCGUGGAGAAGCUCAUUGAAGUGGUUCAUAUGUGCACCAUCAACCCUGCUGUUGGAGCCAACAUUGUCAGUAUUGUUGCCCGUAUCCUGCAUUCCAAAACUAACGUUGCUGCAGUGGCAAACAUUGUACUUAGUCUGACAGAAAGGAUAGGGGACACCAUGGAUUUCCAAGGUGAAUCUGCAAGUUUCACAGCGCCCUCACUGGCCCUUUCCUUGGUCAACGUAGAUCCGGAUAAUUUCAGAGGCCUCACCUUCAGUGUGUCCUCUGCUUCAGACACAACUAACCCAGAGAUUUUUGUUGACCAGGGCUUUGUGAGCGGACCACUCCCCGAGACAAAUGGCACUAUCUCUUUGCCCUCUGCACUCCAUGACUUUUUCCACCCUGGAGCAGGAAAUGCAACUCGUAUUCAGUUUCAGUUUUACGGCAACAAUGAACUUUUUCAGGACCCUGAUACAUGCAAUUCAACACAAAACCGCUCGAUAUUAAACUCCUGUAUAAUAUCUGCCAGCAUCAAUAACAGCUAUGCCUUCAACCUGAAGGAACGAGUUGUGGUAACUCUCAGACAUCAUCAGCCCAAACAGAGAGAGGACAAAGUGCAAUGUAUGUUUUGGGACUUUAAGAAGAAUGGUGGCCAGGGUGGUUGGAACAACAACGGCUGUGAAACCCAGAGUAUUUCUUCUUAUCAGACCAGCUGUCUCUGUGAUCACCUCACACAUUUCGCUGUCCUCCUGGAUGUUUCCAGAACCCCCAUAAGUCCAGCUGAUAGUUACAUUCUGACAGUGAUCUCGUAUCUUGGUUGUGGUAUAUCCUCCAUCUUCCUAGGCAUCACUCUACUCACUUAUCUUGUUUUUGAGAAGCUGCGUAGGGACUACCCAUCUAAGAUACUCAUCAACCUGUCAGCUGCUCUGCUGGGGUUGAACUUGAUUUUCCUACUCAAUGCUUGGCUCUCAUCCUUCUCCAAUUAUGGUCUGUGCAUUGCCACGGCUGCAACACUCCACUAUUUCCUGCUGGCCUCCUUCACCUGGAUGGGCCUGGAGGCUGUGCACAUGUACAUCGCUUUGGUCAAGGUCUUCAACACCUAUAUUCCCUCAUACAUCCUCAAGUUCUGUGCUGUAGGAUGGGGUGUUCCUUUGGUGAUAGUUGGCCUGGUGCUGGUCAUAAAUAAAGAUGCUUACGGCAGCGCUGCGUCUGAAGAAUCGACAGUGGGUCUUCAGACCACUGACUCAUUCUGCUGGGUGCAGGAUGACGUCUUCUACUACGCGACAGUGGUGACAUUUGUUCUUUUGAUCGUGUUGUGCAACCUGUUCAUGUUCGUGGUGGUUCUGAUCCAGAUCAGACGCAUGAGAGCCAAUAAGCCGUCAGCCAACAGCCGUAACGCUCUGCAGGACCUGAGGGCAGUUGCUGGUCUCACUGUGCUGUUGGGCCUGACGUGGUCAAUGGGCUUUUUUUCAUUUGGCCCGGGCAAAGUGGUCCUGAUGUACCUGUUCACAAUCUUCAACACUUUUCAUGGGUUCUUUGUUUUUCUGUUCCACUGUUUGAUGAAGGAAAAUGUGAGGAAACAGUGGAGGAUCCACUUGUGCUGCGGCCGUUUCAGACUCAGUGAUUACUCAGACUGGAGCCGCUCGAUGACAGUGGGGGGUCGCAGCAAAAAGAGCAAUCUCGUUAACUCAGAGUCAGUAGCCUCUGACAACACCUCCAACUCACCAGUGUCUGAGUGACUCCUCCACACCAUCAGCAUCGAAGAACCACCACUAGGGGGCAUGAGUGAGCCUCUGGACUGUUUGUCUUCAAGGUUUAUUCUUCAGUUCCAAACACUGAGAGCUGUGAGGUUGAAAGAUGAACAGGAAAGGAUCAAGUAAACAACAGUUUCAGGGACAUGACAAUGCUGCAGCUUGCAUUAAAACAAGCUUAGAAAGUUCACUUUAAAGUAAAGAACUGUGUUCUGAAAAGUUCACAGUUUAUACAAGCAGCAUCUGUUAAAAGCCUACAGUUCACCUUCAGGUUUCAUUGCUGCUUUCACUGCAUCAAUACUUAGCAAAAGGAUAUUUUGUGUUAGUGAAACAAAAGUGAAGUAAUGAGUAAACAUAGUGUUGGGCUCAUAUCAGAUCACAGUUUUAAGCAGUUUCUAUUUAAAUAUCAUUGGAAUGUCAUGGAAAAAAAUAUUUCUGUAAUUUAAAACUGCUUUCAAGUUCAGUAGAUGAGAAAUUAUGCUUGUGAACAUUUUCUGAAACUUGAGAAUCUUUCUGUUCAGCAGCUCUUAUUUUCCAGUCUGCUUUUUUCCUUAGACUUUAAAAUAUCACUGCUUAAGCUGUUUUUAAAUUUAAAUUAAUAAUAAAACCAUUUCAUAAUAAAAUGCAACUUUUUCUGAAGAAUUUUGUUUGAUUGGGUAUUAUAUAGUGUAUAUAUAGUUUGUCCUUGAUUGCCUUGAGAUUACAAGUAAAAUUUAAGGCAAGAGUUAAAAUCCUGGCAUUGUUCUCUUGUGUGUGCGACCACUUUAACCAACCAAGAUAAAUAAAACUUUGUGCAUAUAUAACAUCUGGACCGACUAGGAUCUCUCUGGAAACUCAAACUACAUAAUUGUUGAAAUUCAGGGAAUAUUUUCUCCCAGUGGCAUCAACUGAAACAUCAUCACUUGCUAACAAACUGCAGUUUUUAGUUUCUGCAUUUACAUUAAGCCACACUCAUUGUCUCCUUCAAUUCUGAUUCAUUAUUUUAGAAAUUUCAAAGCAAAAAUCCCCACUGAAAAUGACAUUCUUAUGAAUUAUUUUGUUUUAAGUCAGUCAAAAAGUCAGCCAAAGACACUGCACUCCUGUACAAUGCAAAUGUGAUGUGUUAUUUUUACAGUGCAGUAGGUAAUAAACAAGCAAAGAUGUACUUGUAGAAUCAAACACUGACCUGAUGAAGUUCAUAAACGUGCCCGGUAUACAUAUUAAUUUUUCAAUAAAUGGUUUCUUUUUC